CGCCCCUCUCUCACGUCUCUGUCACGUGACACGCAUUGCCGGCCGCCAUCUCACAGGCUCUGUUGAGGCCUACAGUUGUGAGGCCUUUAAUGCCCUUUCAGUUCUCUCUUUUAGAUUUCCUUUAUUUUAUAUACAUACUUGCAUAGAAUCUCAUCUUACAUGUUUUGUUUUCUGUAUCUUUUCGCCCAGUAAAGAGGAUCAAAAGGAGUUUUAUUUUCUUGCCCCGGAGCGGCUUGUGCCGGACGUUCGCGGUUGGAAUCGGACGGCCGCCCCUGACUAUCGCUGCGGGCGUUAGAAGCGGAAUGGUCUCAAAGCGUCCGCUGCACGGUGGACGUUAAAGGUCCCGCGGCGUCCUUCGCAGGAGUGUGGGUCCACUGCACGCGCGUGCCUGCGGCGUAAGUCGGGCGAGGAGGUGAACCCGGGGAAGGACUUGGCCCAGCUAGCGUCCACCACCAUGCAGCGGUUGUACUCCCCCUUCGACGAGGAUGACCUGCGGGCGAGCCGUAGCCGCAGCCGUAGCGGCUCACGUGGCCGGUGCGGCCGCCGGCGUCGUGACCGCUCAAAGGACAGCGGUGCACGCGGCAUCAACGGCGCCGUUGCCGUCGACGUGGUGAAGAGAAGCAUCUGGGUGCGGAACAUCAGGGACAUUUCUCCCACGAGCUUGCGCAAGGCGUUUGACCGCUUCGGCAAGAUCGAGUUGCUGGAGGUCUUCAAGGAUCGCUUAUUAAUUCAGUUCAAACGUACACGGGAUGCGGACGCCGCUGUCAAGGCUGCAAACAAGCAAACAAUUUGUGGGAGAUAUCUCAAUGUUACGUUUGCAUCGGCAAGGAAUGCUGCCGAGUACCAAACAAAGAGUCAAGGCUCACGAUGGGAAGAGAGAGAGCCUGGCCCCUCUGCAGGUGUAAAAAUCCCAGAAACCUUGGAACUCAGACAACCAGACGCACAACGCUCCAUCAGCCGAGGAAGCGGAGGAGGAGGAGGGGAUGACCGGCGCAUAGAUGUCAGGAGUCAAUGCUCACGAUGGGAAGAGAGAGAGCCUGGACCCUCUGCUGGUGUAAAUAUCCCAGAAACGUUGGAACUCAGACAACCAGACGCACAGCGCUCCAUCAGCCGAGGAAGCGGAGGAGGAGGGGAUGAUCGGCGCAUAGAUGUCAGGAGAGCUGAGAGGAGCGAACUCCCUUCUUACGAUGGGUACUUUAAGAGCCGUGGCGACCCUCUGUUCGAGCGAUACGAAGACUCCCGAGAGCUGAAGGACGCGCUGACGAAGGAGAAGCGGAGGAGGCAGGAGCUCUUCUCGUGUUUCUACGACGAGCUGCAGUUCAAGCUAGAGCGCGAGCGUCCCGUCGAUUGCGUGGUCGUCGUCACCAACAAGACGCUCAAGGCAUAUGCAGAGAGUCUGGGCUGCCAAGUCCAGGGGCUGGGCCUCUCUGUUGACCUCAUCUUCCUGAAGACGGAAAAGUCACUGGUGGAGGCCAUGGAGGACGUUCGCAAGAGCGGCACGCCGUUCAUCAUCACCGUCUCCCAGCAGCACGAGCUCUACAAGUCAUGCACCGUCAUCAUCCUGCACGGCCGCAAGCAAGAGCACCGCAACAUGAAGGAGUACGCUGCCAUCGAACUCAUCGGCGAGCGGUACGAGCAGUACGUGGCGGCCCGGCGCGAGUCGGAGCACACGGAGGCCUCGAGGGGGGCGACCGAAGCGGCGGAGAAGUCUCUGGCGCGCGAGAUGGCCCUCCGUCGCGCCUACGAGGACAGCCUGAUCCCGCCGGCCUCCAUCGCGGCCUUGCUCUACCUGCUGGUGGACAGCCGCCACUUGGCGGCCGAGGAGAUCGACCAAGUGGUCCGCUAUCUGCAACGGCGCAAGGAGGCCCUGAUGAACCUCGAUGGAGGUGGCGGCAUUGGCAAUGGCGAGCUCGCUGGUGGUAGCGCUGCUGGCGCCGUUCUUCCUGCAGAAGGCGUUGUGCUGUCUCCCCAAAUUCCUGUGGCUCUUCGACCCACGUCAGUGGCGGCGGUAGCCACGGCUAGCCCCUCCUCUUUGCCUUCCGCCGCGAGCCAGCCUGAAUUUCAACAGCGCAUAGACCCCCAGCAGCAACAGCAGCAACAGCAGCAACAGCACCAGCAGUCGGACCUGUCAGAGCUUCAGAAGCUGCAACUGCUGUCUCAACAGCUGUUACUCGUGAAGCAGCAACAGGAGCAACCGAUGCAGCCGAGCCAGCCGUCCCUGCAACAACAGCAGCAACAGCAGCAACAGCAGCAGCAACAAGAGCAGCAGCUACAGCAGCAGCAACAAGAGCAGCAACAGCAGCAGCAACAAGAGCAACAGCAGCAGCAGCAGAAAAUUUCAUUGAUACAGAUUCUGAAGCAACGUCAGCAGCAACAGCAAGAGGAACGAGAAAAAAAGCUUCUGGCUCAACAACAGCAGCAGGAGCUGCAGGCUAAAAUCCACAAGCUCUUCAACAUCGGAGGUGCCAAGGUGGUCGUCCCUUCUACUUUAGAAUGGCAAGUGACUCCAGCAGUUUCUCCAAUGAAUUUGACUCAAGCCCCGUCGACCUCGGCUCCAAAACAAACGGUGAAUCCGGCUCCGGCCCCGACUCCGGCAACGACCCCAGCAACGACCUCUGCAACGUCCCAACCUUACAACCGAGUUUCAGUAAUGUCCCUGAAGCAGCAGCACCCGCAGGGCAAACCCGAAGCUCCAGCCAAACCGCCCGUGAGGAUCAUACCACUGAUGCCGGUUGGGCAGCCGGUGAUGAGGCCAUCCUUGGGACCAUACUCGCGAAUACAGAACCCUCCAGGCGGUUCUGGGGACAACCAGAGCGUCGCCGACGGCAAUUGGCGUGGGCCAGAGGUGCCGUGGAAGGGAGAAGCAAAGUCGCCGUUUUCGGGAAACGGCGGGCGCUGAGAGGAGGGAGAGGAGGCUUCCUGGGCUGCUGCAUUUUACCGGGACAUCGCACCGUUGUGGCAGUGCGUGUGCGGUUACCAGCGAUGCUGACCCGUGGUUUGGCCGUUGGUGUCGUGAGAAGAAGAUGCUUUGGACGUCUGGGUGCUGGCGUCGGGGAAGGAGAAGGACACAUCGCCACAAUCUUUGUUGCUCUGGAUUUUUGUUUUCACCCCCUGCACAUGCCCCGGUGUAAAGUAAACAUCCUUCACGCAAGAGGAAACCCAAACGCGGAAGACACUUUCAUGAGUACCCGUGCAUUCUGUGAUGCUCCUCAAUGAACGUUUGUCGGGGGAAGCUUUUGAUUGGUGAAUAUUGAAGUCACCCUCCGAGCCGCGAAGAAAAACGUCACGUGGCAUCUAACUUAACUCGCAGAAUUCACAGACAAUACGAUUUUUAAUGGAUUAAUUGGUUAGGCUCACGUAAUGAUCUGCCCAAAUUUGUGUCAUUAAUACCCUCCACCUAACCGACACUGAAUUAGAUGUAUUUGAGCCUACCAUUCUCACAGGCAAAUAUGUCUCCAUGAAAGUUUCACUUGAAACUACAUCAAGCAACUUCGGGGAAAAAAAAUCUAGGAAACCAGGAUUAAUUCCAGGAGGCCAGUAUGACUGUGAUGGAAUGAGACGGCGACAUCUGCACGGGGCGAAUCCUUUAAACGUUUCUGUGUUGUAUCGCCAAAUUUUGGGUAACCCUCCAACCAAUCUGCUGGACAUCUGUGAAAGAAAGCUUGUAUAGCUUAUCGGAUCCAUCCAGCCUAAAUAACGGUUCUGAUUAUGAAUUUGGCCAAUUUUCUCGAGACUAACUUCCCAAUUGGAACACAACAUGUUAUGAAAAAAAUCAUGAAUAUUUGAUCAUCUGUACAAGUUUUAUCAUACCCUCCCACCCACCCAUCUCGAGUUACCGACCGAGCUGACACUUUCACACACUCAACCUAAGUUGUAAAGCGGUGAGAAUCAUUCGGUUCUUAUCCGUGUGGCUCAUUGCGAGGCACGGUUACUCCUCGAUGAUUGAGUGACGAGAAAUCGUUCCAAGUCCUUUUUUCUGAGUGCAGCAGCGUAGCACGCUGCACCAUCACUGAAGUAGAGCGAGACGGAACCUGCGCUGGUUUUGAGCUGUCUCGCCUUCCGUCCACUGGUUGACAUUUAUCCGUUUGAGGGGCUCGGAAAAGUUUUUUGUAAAUAUUGUAUAUAACCAAGCUGAAAUGGGCCACUGAUAUAAAUAUGGUCAGGCGCACGCCAGGAUAUGUGUGUAAAACUUGUGGGAUUUGAGAAUACACUCAAGUUAGAGAGACAACCAUUGACUGUCAAGAUGAGUUAAAGUGAGCGUAGGUGGGAUACAUGGCUAGAAGGGGGGUGGUGAUGAUGCUGACAGUGGCAGUGGCCGAUAGUCGAGACGUGCGAUGGUUUGUUAGGCGGAGGAAGGAACACCGCCUGAGCUGAGAAGAUGGAGCCAGAUGUAUCGCUGCAUUUUGAUAUAAUAGGGACACGGUGACUCUUUUGGAGGGAUUCAUCGAGCAGUGAACAGAUCGUGGCUGAUGAUCAUUUAAACGACCAUGAGCUGCGUAUCUGGCUAUCCGCUGUCACGUUUUGAGCGUAGUGGCUUUCACGAGUUUGAGAUGGUGGGGGGUUAGGCUAUGCUGAAAAUGCUGCACGUGCGGCGAAACAUUGGACAUCCUGCCGAAUUACACGGCGUUGAAAAAACCUACGCAGUCAUAAAUGAUUCACGUUUUUUGCUAUCGGGAUAUUGACGCUUCGUGUUGUAGUUUGGCGACGAGACGCAGCUGUCGGCGGCCCACACCAGAUUGUGGUGUUUUAUUUCCAAAGGAAAAAUAGGCAAAGUUAUUUCUGAGACCGGUGAUUUUGGCACCUUGUCACGUCGCGGCGAAAGAGACCCAUCGCCCCCCCCCCCCCCCGUUCCGCCACAUGGGUGUGCGCUUGCGAUGUUGGUGAUCGUUUAAUGGAAUUGUUUGUUAAUAUUAAUUCGUGUGAAUCGCCACGGUGCAUGCAUGGAACCGUACGUGUGGGAGGAAUCGAUAAUUUUCCAUUUUUUACGCGUCCCACACCACUUUGCUGUAGCACUUGCUGAAGUCCGUGUGAAAUGGCGACGUGUGCAGAAAAAUAUUUGCACAUCAGUUUUGUGUUUUUAUGCUCCUCCGUCGUGACCCUUCUCCCCCGUAAAGUCUGGCACCCCCAGCAGCAGGUCGUCAAGCAGGGCCUGACCUGUUGAUGAAACUGGCAAAGUCAAAACCGGUUCCUGAUUUGCUUGCAUAUAAAAAAAACUUGACAUUGGUCAAUCCGGAAGGCUUGACCAAUGGAUUGCCAAAAGAGGAAUCUGCUUUCAGUUACACGCUUAUCAGUAAUUUUUUUUAUGUUUUACAGAUUCUUGCGACUAAAUAGAUUCCAAAUCCUUCGCGUUGGCAAAAAGAAAUUGUUUUGUUUAAAAAAUGUUUAUGCUGGGUUGCGAUGGUUUUGGUGAGCGUUGAGAGUGGCGAAUCUCUCGCAUUCAUCGUUUGGUUGCCACAUGGACCUCUGGGCAUCCGCAGCCUUGAGGCAGCUUCGUGGAGUCGAUUUACUGAAAACCAGCGAAGGAUGUAGAUUGUCAUUGCCGUUGGGUUAUUAAACAACUUCGGAAGAAUUUAUAAUUAUGAAAAUCUUUGGAAAUAAAAAUCUUGCGUAUUA